AUGCGUACCGGCUUGGGCGGUAAAAGUUUGAUAGAUCUGGAGCUUGCCAAUCCCAGCAAACAAUCUUCCACGUUGCCCACGCACAAGUUCACUACCGGAGACAUUGUGGGCUUGGAUGAGUAUAGGAAGGACAAACCGCCAAAAAAGACAAUCAACUGGUCAGGGGUUGUCUUGAGGGUCACCGAUACGAAAAUCACUGUGGCUUUAUCUCAGGAAAACGACGACGCUAUUCCAACCGAGGUGCAGGAACGAUGCCAGAUAAUGAUGAAAGCACUCGAGCGCUUAAAAGAGCAGGGUGAAUCCGGUUGUUCCGACUUGGCACAAGUAUUGUUUGGCUUGCGUGCCCCAUCUGCAGUGCAGGAUCAAGAAAUUACCUUUUUUGAUGAGACACUCAAUGCUUCUCAAAAAGAAGCAGUCAAGUUUGCUUUGGGAUCUCCAGAAGUUGCCUUGGUUCACGGUCCACCAGGGACGGGUAAAACCUAUACACUGGUGGAAAUCAUCCGUCAACUGGCUGUUGUGCAGGGCAAAAGGGUUCUUGUUUGUGGUCCCUCCAAUAUCUCUGUUGCAGACAAUCUCGUAGAAAGACUAGCUCGUCAUCGAAUGAACCUUGUACGUAUUGGCCAUCCUGCACGUAUCCUUCCAACUGUUCUCGAGCACUCGCUGGAUAUUAUCACUCGCACAUGUGAUUCCGGACAAAUUAUUGCCGAUUUACGUCGCGAAAUGGACGACACACUCGCGAAAGUCGGAAAAACAAGAAAUCGAUCCGAUCGACGCGUCUUAUAUAACCAUUUGAAAGAUUUACGCAAAGAUUAUCGUGCAAGAGAACGCAAAGUCGUGGAUGAAGUCGUGCAAGGAGCACAGGUCGUCAUUUCGACCUUGAAUGGAUGCGCGAGUAGAAAUAUGCUGAAACGUGAGUUUGAUGUUGUCAUUAUUGAUGAAGCUACACAGGCACUGGAAGCUGAAUGUUGGAUUGCUUUGCUCAAGGGCAAAAAAGCCAUCCUUGCGGGUGAUCAUCUACAAUUGCCUCCGACCGUCAAAUCGCCGACAGAUCUCAACAAGAAAUCAAGCAAAUCACCCAAACAAGGAACACAGUCGUCUGAUUUAACGGUGACAAUGUUCGAUCGACUGUUGAAGAUGUACGGAAAGAAGAUCAAAAAAAUGCUCGUUGUGCAAUAUCGAAUGCAUCGCAAAAUUAUGGAAUUCAGCUCUCGGGAACUAUAUGAGAACAAGCUCGUGGCUGAUGAUAGUGUGGCAGAACAUCUCCUGAGCGAUCUUCCAGAGGUUCAAUCAUCCGAAGAUACGGAUAUGCCCAUCGUUAUGAUAGAUACUAGCGAUACAGGACUGGGACAUGAAAUCACAGACGAUGCUCAGGAAGAACAGAGUAAAGCCAACGAACUGGAGGUGGAGCUCGUUGUCAAACAUGUACAUCGAUUAAUAGAGGAUGGGUUACAAGAAGAUCAAAUUGGCGUCAUCACACCCUAUGCGGCACAAGUGACACGCCUAAUACACGAAGUACGCGAAAAAUGGCCGGGAAUUGAAAUUGGUACAGUUGACGGUUUCCAAGGUCGAGAAAAGGAAGCCAUUCUUCUUUCUCUCGUGCGAUCCAACGAUGAAGGUCAAGUAGGUUUUCUAGCGGAAAAACGCCGUCUUAACGUGGCUAUGACUCGAGCAAAACGACAUUUAUGUGUUGUAUGCGAUUCGGAUACUCUUUCCGGUUCUCGCGGAAGCGGUGAUCCGGCAUCUUCGAGAUUCGACGGCGGCUUUUUGAAACGAUGGAUGAACUGGCUGAGCGAGGAAGCUGAUCUUCGGUUUAGCGAAUCUGUGUAG